AUGUGCCAUACAAUUAAAAAUCCAAUUUUACAAAAUGGCGAAAAUCCUCAAUUUGUGUACAACUUUGAUUUAAACGACGAAAAUAACGAAAAUUUGAAUUAUGCAGAACUUGUAGAAUUUGAAGGAGAGCCUUCAAAGUAAAUUAUAAUUAAUUAUUUAUUUUAUUCUUUCUUGUUUUUUUUUUAAAUUUUUACAAUAAUUAAAAUUAAUUUGAAUAUUUUAAGUAAUCAAACACGAGAAGAAAAACUUGCGAAAAUUAUAAAAAGAAUUAAGCUUGAUGAAGAAUUAAAAAAACAGAGAAAAAAUGAAGAGAUUGCUAGUACAAGUUCUCAGGGAGGGAAUCGCGGACAAGCAAUUGAACAUCCCAAAAGCAAUUACGGAGGAGAAGUGUCUAAUCACCCGACAUAUGAUCCUCAUG